ACCCGGCUGGAGACCUCUAUAAAAGCGCGGCGGGGUCGCGCUCUGAGCAUUUCUCACAACCUCUUUCAGAGGUAGAAGGUCGAGCCAGCAUGACCGAGCGCCGCGUACCCUUCUCGCUCCUGCGGAGCCCCAGCUGGGACCCCUUCCGCGACUGGUACCCGGCCCACAACCGCCUCUUCGACCAGGCCUUCGGGAUGCCCCGGCUGCCUGAGGAUUGGUCGCAGUGGUUCAGCCACGGCGCCUGGCCAGGCUACGUGCGCGCGCUGCCCGGGCCUGCGAUCGAGGGCCCCUCGGGGGCCGCGCCGCCUUACAGCCGUGCUCUUAGCCGGCAGCUCAGCAGCGGCAUCUCGGAGAUCCGGCACACAGCCGACCGCUGGCGCGUGUCUCUGGACGUCAACCACUUCGCCCCCGAGGAGCUGACCGUCAAGACCAAGGACGGCGUGGUAGAGAUCACAGGCAAGCACGAAGAGCGGCAGGACGAGCACGGCUACAUCUCCCGCUGCUUCACUCGAAAGUACACACUUCCCCCUGGUGUGGACUCCACCCUGGUCUCCUCCUCCCUGUCCCCUGAGGGCACACUCACUGUGGAGGCCCCCAUGCCCAAGCCAGCAACCCAGUCAGCGGAGAUCACCAUCCCUGUCACCUUCGAGGCACGGGCCCAGAUUGGGGGCCCAGAAGCUGGGAAGCCAGAGCAGGCUGGAGCCAAGUAAGGGCCUUGGCCCUGCUCCCCACCCCCUCCUCCCAGUAGCCAUCACUGACCAUCUCCACCCGCCAACCUGUGUGCUCUUUUGAUACAUUCACCUUCCGAUUUUCUCAAAUAAAGUUUGGAGCAACUGCC